CGGUGUCAUGGUUACAUAUACGAAUAUAUAUAGGUCACACACACACACACAUUAAAACAGAGUUGAAUAAAAACCGCGGUGUCAUGGUUACAUAUACGAAUAUAUAGGUGACACACAUACACCCAUUAAAACAGAGUUGAAUAAAAACCGCGAUGUCAUGGAUACACUUGUAUAUAUCUCGGUGACACAAACACACCAAUAAAACUCCGAUGAAUAAGAAUUGGAGUGUUGUGGAUACAUACGAAUAUAUCUCGAACACACAAACAUUCCAAUAAAAACCAAUGAAUAAGAACUGCGGUGUCAUGGUAUUCGACUGCUCAUAUAUAUAUAGGUAUUCCGCGGUGGUGAUGUGCGUGCGUGAGAGAGAGAGAGAGACAGACAUACUACACGUGGUUGUUUAUCACCGAAGUCACUCAUCUAUUAAUCAUCAGCAUGGACGUCUCAACUACUUCCACUAAAAGAGCCGAGAAGAGAUCGCAGACGUCGAGAGCGAUGCGCUACCCCAUGCGAAACGAAGAACAACACAAUCCAAGAUGGAUGAUUUUAUAGUUAUUGAGGAAAUAAGUGGUGAUGAAAGCUCCGACGUUGUGAAGAAACAAACACCCAAACCCAAACCAAAUGACGCAAUCAACAGGGGGGAUGAAACCCCGUGGGGUUGUGAAAACUUAAAUCCCCAACCCGAUUCGGAAGAUUCCGAUGAUACUGUUGUUGUGUUGAACGACGACGACAACACCGACUAUUACUCGCUAAACAGUGAUGAUGAUGAUGAUGAUGUCCACGUCAUCAUCAAUCCAAAAUUAGACGAGUGGGUCACCAUCAAAGGUACCGUUUCGACGGCGCUGAAGGUAAAAGUGGACUCCCGCUAUGUGCGGGUGAGUAAAAGAAAUUCGCAGGAAGAACCGAAGAGGUUGAAAAUGCCCCGGAACGUCGCGGAAAAGUUGAUAUCAAGGGUUGGCCGCGUGAAAAGAGAGCUGAGCAAGUUGAAGAAGAAGUAUAGGAAGCGGAAUCGCGCCGGACUGAUCAAAGGCUUCACGCUAUCAAAACACCCGUGGUUUAAGAUAGCAUACAGUAAGCUAAACAGCUACUGGUAUGUAGAUGUGAGGAAAUUCACCAGUCCGAGGGGGGACGUUUACCAGAGAGAUAAUGGAGUGUGUUUCGCAGCAGAGGACGCGAUGAAGCUCAUCACCCACAUCAAUGCGUUUGUCGACAUCCCGAUAGCGGGAUGAGGCUUUAAUGCGAGAAGGGAAAAAACCACACCACCAGUUGCUAUGGCAACCACUUCGAAAGAAGAAGAUAGUAGUAGUAGUGUUAGUUCGAUCGUAUUAAUCAGAUGCAAAUUAUGCAAUGACUGGGUGAAGGGUCGUAGUGAGUUUAAUAAACAUUACAGACGAUGCAGGCGGCGAGAGAAACGUUUCUUUGAAUGUGUAAAGUGUCAUUUAAGGUUCGAUAAUUAUCGAGGAUUUGAUACUCACGUGAAUAGCGGUUGUGUGAAUCCCGCUCCCAAAUUCAAAAUCAGCGUUUUAAAGUGUAACUCGUGUGGUUUAACUUUCACCUCAAAAAACAAAUUUAACACUCACACGAGUCUGUGCAACACCACCCACAACCCCUCGACUCACACCUGCGCAGACUGUGGGAAAAGGUUUGCACAAAAACGAGGGCUAAGUGUGCAUUCCCGUGUUUGCAAAUCGUCUCCCAAUAAAAUAGGAAUUAAAUGUCGCCUCUGUGGGGAAUCAUUCCCCAACAGACGUCUGAUGUGGAACCAUCAUCGCACAACACACAACAAUGAACAAGUCGGGGGUCAACAAAUCGACGACGACGACGAUAACGACACCAACGAUGAUGGUGAUGAUAACAUCAUCCCUCGUCUACAACCAGAACCUUGGGGUGCUGAGGAAAAACAAAGACCUUGGACCGAUGAUCGGGGAGAAGUAGUCGACAGAGCGCUCUUGGAGAAUUAUCAUGUGCAUAGAGAUAUAAUACUCCGUCAGCAUCGCACACAAAGCGGUGUUUAUCACACCUACAACUUCCCACUAACCGGUUAUGACGCCGAAUCUACUGAGUUUUCCUCCCACCUCAACUAUAUAUUUUCAAACGAACAACGCUCUUUCAAGGUGAAUGUGGCGUUUGGCAUCAUUUUGUCAAACAUUGAAACCGGAGAAUAUAGAUACUUCAUCGCCUAUAGAAAUAACCAACUUUUUGAAAGACCGCAAGCUGUUAAUGAUUUCAGAUCACUACGCAGAGUAGUGAAAAAGAUCAAGCGGAAAAGCGUUGAUGAUCACGUGCUGUCGCAGAGACCCAACACCAAAUGGAUGCCGGUGUUUGUGACUAAUGUUGUAUAUUCUGUGUAUUUGACGUCCUACGUUUUAGGGAAGAACGAUCGGACUAUUCCCUCAUGGUUACGGAAAAAGAAAUGUGUGUUAUUGACAAGACAACGACACCAUAACUCUUUGUGUGCGUUUCGUUGUUUAGCAACCCAUUUAAAAUUAGCAAAGAAGAAAGGAUUACCCUCCGAUAUUAACCACGAAAAGAGGACUUUACAACUUUUUCGCCAAUGGACUCGAAAUGU